GUGUGUUAUCGAACAUAAACAACACAUAGCUAUUUUGACAACACUGUUUUAAUAAAUUUUGCAAUGGGUGGAAAGACCAAACAAGCGCCGCGCACCAAAAACAAUGCCAAACCAUCGAGCAGCAGUCGGACGGCCGAGCUGCUCGGCACCAACACACCCAUAUUCGUGGGCUUCUCGGCGCAGGCUGAUUGCGGAGGUCUGGUGCCCUUCACUCCGGGCUUUGCCACUGCGGAGCAAAUGCCAGAUAGCUUCGAUGCCAACAUAAGUCCACAGACCCAGAUAAUACUACGCAAACUCUCCAAAAAGGAUCCCAUGACCAAGAAGAAGGCUUUGCAGGAGAUUCAGGAAUUCAUUGAGGUGUCGGACCUUGACACCCUGAAGAACAUUCUGCCGCUGUGGCCGAAAUACUACCACAAUCUGGCCAGCGACCCGGAGCACAAUGUGCGUGAGCUCUGCCAGACAGUGCUGCAGCUGCUCAUGUCCAAGUGCAAGCGGGCCAUGGCUCCGUAUCUGAAGCUGCUGGUACCCGUGUGGGUGUCCAGUCGAUUCGACACCUAUGCCCCGGCGGCCAGCAUUGCCAGGCAAUCAUUCCGCGACACCUUUUCAGGCAACGCCAAUCGCACCACGGAGGUGUGCCUUCAUUGUCAAACGGAGAUCCUGGAGUAUGCCACACGCAACCUAACCUUUCACACGCCAGGCACUCUGUCGCUGGGGAAGAACCUCACCCCCGAGGAGGCGGAGCAAAAGUACCAGCGCGUUGUGAUCGGUAGCCUGAAACUGUUGUCCUUCUUUAUGGAGCAAACUGCCCUUACAGAGGAUCUCAGCCAAGUGAAGGAGGGCCUCUCCACUCUGGUGGCCCAUCAGAAGUUCUGGAGCUAUGCCAAGCACAAGGUUCCACCCAUCAAAGCGGCCUGGUUUGAAUGCAUCUAUCACGUGCUGCAGUCGGUGGCACUUUUGGAUGUGAUUACUCCUCAGAAGACGCAGGUGAUUACACUGAGCUUUCAGUUUAUAGACGAAGCCGAUCCAGUUGUGGCUCCCCACAUCUGGGGAUGCGUUUUGCUGCUGCAAAGUAACUAUGAAGAUUGGUUUGUGCCGCUCAACAUACGCAAGGCUCUGCUGCCCAAGUUGUCGUCGCUGCUGCGCAAUGCCUUCAAUCGCAAUGCCCAGGCCAUCUGCCCCAAUCUGCUACCCUUUCUGUCCAAGAUUACACCAGCCAGUCUCCAGGAUUUUGAUAUAUACGAGUUUUAUCAGCGCUUCUUCGACGACAUGAAGCUGGCCAUCACAGAGAAAUUUGAUCCGCCGCUGUCCAAGUCCGAUUGCACUGUCAUACACAAUUCGUACUUCGAGUGCCUGCGCUUCCUGCUCCAGCAGAUCAACAACAACAAGGAGCGGGAGGCGAAGGUGGACGAAUUCGCGUGUGGGCUGCUGCAGAGGAAUCUGCUGGAGCCCAUUGGAUGGCUGCUGAGGAGCGAGAGUGCGCAUGUGAAGAACUUUUUCCAGCACAGCUCUGCCCUGGUCGCCUUCUGGGAUCGGCAGAUCAACAACGGCCUGGACCAUGGUGCUUUGUAUGCCAAAUUGCUGAAUCAGUUCUGGACACGCAUCUUUGAGCUGGUCACCCAGGACUUGGCUGUCGAGCAGGUGGAGGAGCAGCUGCUAUCCCAUGUCUUGCUCCUGGUGCAGGACCUGCAUAUGGCCAAUCCCAGCCUGGAGUCGCCGAGCGUCAAGUUUGCGGAAGUGGAGGAUGAAAAGAAACCAAAGGAAUCGCCAUCAACGCCAAUCAAAAGGGCCCAAGAGUCGGCGGCGUUCAUACAGAAAGAGCUGAAGCAAUUGGUUGUGAAGCUAGUGAGGAUUUGCCUGGACAAGGCCAGUGCUGCCGGUGACUCCUCCUCGCGUUACAUCGAACAAGUUCGCACCCUCACCAAAAUGUUCACCGAUGCCCAGUUCUACAAGAGCCUCACAGAAAUGGCGGAGCUGAGCGCCACGUUGGAUAAAUUUGUGACUCUGCUGGGACACUUGAACGACGAGGCCAGCGAGUGUGUGGUGGAGAUCGUGUUCGAGAUUCUGCCCUUGCUGUCGGCGGAACAGCGCUUCGAGUACAUUGAAAAGACUCUCUUGAAGCUACCACAACAUCGCGUGCAGAAUCUGCUACUGCAUCGCCUGCUCUCGUAUCCGCUGUGCACGGAACCUGCUGUGCGACAGAUGCUCAGCAGCCCGGAAACGUGUGCUGUCAUUGCACGCAUAGCCGAGGAGGUUGUCGUGGACAAUAAUCGGGAGAAGCUGAAUUUGCUUCACAAAUGCUUCUUCCAAACGGACUCGGGUGAUAUUCUCAUCAAUGCUGCGACUGUGGAUAAAAUACUGCUGGCCAUGUGCGGGCCAUUGGAGCAGCCGUUGACCGAUGAUAUGGUGGAAGUCUGCGGCAGCUUUAUAGCUCAGAUUAUGCCCGUGAUUUGUGGCAAUGACAACUCCUCACUGGCGGUGCGUCAGCAGAUCUUCCUGAAGCUGUACAAGUUCAGUUUGGAGCAUCGUCCCGAAGAUUAUCUGUCGGAGGACACACUGUGGGAGAUUACCACCUGCUGGCAGGAUGCCCUGUCCAGCAAAGACAUUCAGAUUGACGUUGGCAUGCUGGAAAGUUGUGCAAAAAUCGUUGAGGAUCUGGCCAGCAACGGCGAACUGAAGGCUGACAACCUGGACGGAAUGGCCGAGGCAAUGGCCAAGUUUGUGAUCUGCUCCACCGAGAAUAUAGAAGAUGAAGAGCAGCGUUUGGCCCACAUAGAUGACACCAUUGUGGCUCUGCUCACUUCUCCCCUGAAAACGUCGGAAAAGGUUCUGAAAUUCGAGAAUCAUUGUGUGUUUCUGGAGGCCCUGGAGGGAUCGAUCAGUGCAGGCGUUGCCUUCGAUAGCGCCUCCCUGGAGAAGGAGGAAAUUCUUCCCCUACUGCAGCGAACCACGCUCAACUUUUCCACACUGUAUAAGCUCGUGUAUCAAUUCCCUCCACCUCAAGUGACGGACGAGGCCGAUGAUGAACUCACCGAGGACUACUGUGAUCCCAAUGCCGAUGUGCUCAAGAAAUGGAGCGAAUCUUUGAUAACAGAGCUCCUGCAGUGCAUUCGAGUGGCGGGAGCUGCCGAGAGUUGGCUGGAGGUUUCACAGCUCGAAUCCUCAUGCGAGGAGCUGGUGCUGUUUCUGUCGGAGAAGGUCCACAGCUUUAUGGGCAACAGCAGCGAGCUGGUUGGCAUAGUCAAGCAGCGUCUGGAGCUGGCAGCAGCACAGCAAUCAAGUGUGAUUGAUUGUCGUCUCUUGGGCUACCUGACAUUCUGUCCCCAGUACGCGGCCUUCGAGGAGAGCGCCACCAUUCUGCUGCACGAGGAUCUGGCUGAGCUUCUGGUAACCCAGGGAGCCCUCAAAGCAUAUGUGAUGUCACUGCAGUAUCUGUUGCCCAAGCUCUCGCAGAAGGCCAUUGGCCUGGGCUCGGCCAUAAUGCGGACCGAACCAGGCGAUAUUUGGGUCAAGGCAGCCGUCUUCCAUUGCCUGCUUUUGAACAAUUUCGAGGGUGAGGUGAAUGAGCAAAUGGAUCGGAAUAUUAUUGCGUCGGCAGUACAGUUCCUGACCAGCGUUGGAGAGAAGCAGGCCAGCCAAAAGGAUCUGCUCCAUUACAAUGUAGAAGUACUCAAACAGCCCUACGAGUCUGUGCUGAACACUGUGGAGUUUAUAAAACUCCUCACGCAAGUACUGAAACGUUUUCCCUACGAGCUGAGCAUCAAGAACUGGGAUGCCAUACGCAUUGGCCUCAGCUCUUGGGUGCUGACUGUCUCCAAAUCCAUGGCACACUACAAUGAUCCAAAGACUUCCCUCUUCAUUGUGGCCGUUUAUCAAUUGUUUGCCGCCCUGAUUAGCUUUAUACGCGCCGAGAAGCAAAAGAGCUCCACGGAAGUGCUCAAGAAUAUGGUUGACGAAUGGGAUUCGGUGUUUGCCAGGGACGUAAAUGUGGUGCUCUUCAAAUCAUACUAUCAGCUAACGCACGAGGCGAGUGUGGAGAGCGGCAUGCAGACGUGCUAUGAGGCUUUGCUGGAACGUUUAACUGCCACUCUGGAGCUCCUGGAUUACAGUUUUGUUUAUGCGUUUUGCAAGGCCAACAGUAAAAUCACCCUGGAUCAUCUAUGCAAUUUCCUCUUCAAGCAGCUGCACAGUUCGCAGUAUUCGGUGCGCCUCAGUGCCGUCGAUGGCAUUAAACAGCUAACUCAACACUUUGUGGCCGAUGACAUUGAAUUGAAUGAGCGGCAGAGCGAGAGUCUGGACGCCACUUCGACAAUCGCCAAGUGGCAUUUUCUCAAUCGCUUCGAGGACUACCUAACGCGCUACGAGGCCCUGACUAGGAAAUAUGUGGAGGAGUUUAGCUUCAAGCUGACGGAUCUGGAUCAUCUGGAGCCCAUUGACAGACACGAAGCCCUCAGCUAUUUGCUACUGUGGGAUUGCAUUAUCAAUGCGUGUGCCAAGUCGCCGGUGGCAUUGCGUGCCGUCUACACCAAUUGGCUGAAUGACAACCGAUACGAAGAGAAUUUUCUGCACUUCCUGUUCCGUGCGAUGCCAGUGGACAUACUAAAGAAUCACGGGGCCAAGGUUCACAGCAACGGCGUCUACAAGGAGCUCACUUGGUCUCAGCUUAAGGAUCGCCAACUGCCACUGGAGCGCUAUGUGUGCCACCUGUAUACCGAAGUGCUGCGCAAGCUACCGGCUGUCGUGCGAAAAUGGUGGAACACCUGCCAGUCCAGGCAGAAGAACUUUGUGGACAAUCUCACCACCAACUAUGUGAGCUCUCUGAUCUGCAGCGAGGAGCUGAAGGCAAUCGCCAAUCGCAAGGAGAAGCACGAGAAUAUGCAGGUGACAGUUCAUGCAUCCACCCGCGAAGUGCUGGCCGUGUAUGCCAUCGAUGAGGCGCGCAUGGAAUUGGUCAUUACGCUGGCCCCCAAUUAUCCACUCGGCGCCGUGAAGGUUGAGUGCGGCAAGCAGAUUGGUGGGCGUGCCUCCUCGCGCAAUGUGGGCAUGCAGUUGACCAUCUUGCUGACGCACCAGAAUGGUACCAUCUAUGAUGGCCUCACCAUGUGGAAGAACAAUCUGGACAAGAAGUUCGAGGGCGUGGAGGAGUGCUAUGUGUGCUACACCGUCAUCCAUCAGGACACUUGCCAGCUGCCAAAGCUCACGUGUAAAACCUGCAAGAAGAAGUUCCACGGCCCAUGCUUGUACAAAUGGUUCACCACCAGCAGCAAGUCCACAUGCCCCAUUUGCCGCAAUGUCUUCUAAGUGGCACAUAAAUAUAUAUAUACAUGUAAAACAGCAGUUAAAACACGUAUUAAACAAAAGGCACAACCCAAAACCCCCACAUAACCAUUAGGCAAUACGUUCAGAAUUCCCUUCAGGUGUACAUCAGUAAUAAUUAUAAUAAUUUUAUGUUCUCAGAGAAGGGAUUCAAUAUUUAUAAUUGUAAAUAAUUCACAAAUUAAAGUUUCUU